AGACCGGGGGAAAAGCGGCUUCAGCAUCCAUGCGCCUCUCCUGGUCGCGCCCGGAGUCUUCGCUAAGCACCGCCUCGAAAGGAGGUCCCUGCCGGCUCUCAUCACUUCGCAGCCGGAGUGUUUUCCCGCCUUCCCGGAGGUGCAGCAUAUAAGGAAACUGCUGGUCUGGACUUUGACUCGUCUUGUCCUGAGUGGUAGGAAAGGUGGGAGAUUCCCACGCGGUGCAGUUCUGCGCAGAGUCGCCCUAUUCUGGGGUCAUUGAUUUCAGCGAGCUUAGAACAAGGGAAACUCUGCAGGGGAUCUCGCUGCCUCGGCACAGGGUUGGUUCCGACAGGGCUGACCUCAGAGGAACGAAAUUCGUGUGUCACCUUUUAUUAGUUUCAGAGAGCUGAGCAUGUUGACAAGCAAACUAUUCACACUAGUGCUGGUGGUGCAGCCGCAGCGAGUCCUGCUGGGCAUGAAGAAACGCGGUUUCGGGGCUGGGCUGUGGAAUGGCUUUGGAGGGAAAGUGCAACCAGGAGAAACUGUCGAGCAGGCAGCGAGAAGGGAGCUACAGGAAGAGAGUGGACUGUCUGUGGACACCUUACAGAAGAUAGGCCGGAUCACUUUUGAAUUUGUGGGUAACGCAGAGCUGAUGGAAGUCCACAUCUUCCGGGCCGACAGUUUCCAAGGAGAGCCGAGAGAAAGUGACGAAAUGCGUCCACAGUGGUUUGAAUUGGACCAGGUGCCCUUCAAGAAUAUGUGGCCUGAUGACAGCUACUGGUUUCCUCUGCUUCUGCAGAAGAAGUUGUUUGUUGGUUAUUUCAAGUUCCAGGGGCAGGAUACGAUCUUAGAGUACAGCUUGAAAGAAGUGGAGACGGUCUAGGGGGAAAAUAUCUUGGAGGCCCUCUACGCUAAGCUACCAACUUGUAUCAGGGCAAACAAUGAGCCAUUCUACUGUGUGUGAAAGUCUUUGUCUCCAGUUCAAAGCACAUCUAAUUGUAUAACAUGGAUGGCAGGAGGACAAAAGGAAGCCCCUCUGUUGGGGAGAAAACCAUCAGAGAACUGAGCAGUUGCCUCCACUGAGGUUCCCAGAUUCUUUACUAAGGAAGAAUCAAUCUUGACUCUAGUUCUAGUUUAUAAACAGUCGCCUUAAGAUCAGUCUUGUAUUCCCCAUAGUCUCCCAGAAGGGGAAGAGUUCAGCCAGUUGUGGCUUCUCCUAUCACUGUAAUACUCUGAUGGGAAAUCCUACAGUUUGGCAAAUUCAUUCCUUCUAUUCAGACUCAAAAGAAAUGGAAUUUGCCUUCUCUGGGAGGGGAGGCAGCAACCCUGUAGUUCUCCCUUUCUUGAAGACAACGGAAUACGCUGAUUAGUAAAAUUAAAUUAAAAUACAAAGGAAAACCAACCGGUGACGGUGAGUUCUUGCCAUGGACCAUAACUGCAUUAGGGUCAUGUUUUCAGAUUCCUUAUAAGACCUCCAUUCGUCAUUGACAAAUAUGGAGAGAGGGCAGUCAACACUCAUUCUGAAAACGUAUUACAAAUAAAAUUACUAUCUUGCCCACCGUUUACCAGA